AUGACUAGUUUCAUGUUUUGGAACUGCCAAGGAGCUGCAAGCCCGACCUUCAAAAGAAUAUUUAAUCUCUUUGUUAGAGAACACAGACCAAAUAUGGUUGCAUUAUUCGAAACAAGAACGAGUGGAACAAAAGCAGACAGAAUAAUCAAUAAACUAGGAUUCACACAGUCACUUCGAGUAGAAGCACAUGGAUUUGGAGGUGGAAUUUGGCUACUUUGGGAAGAAACAAUGGAAAUUGAGAUUACCCAUUUAUCAAAUCAAUUCAUUAAUGGUAUAUUUCGGCCUAAGGAAGUGAAUACAUGGGCACAAUUCACAGCAAUUUAUGCAAACCCAAACGGGUCUAAAAGGAAACAUCAAUGGAGCCAACUAGAGGCACUAGCACCAAACGAUAAUACACCUUGGAUCCUGGGGGGAGAUCUCAACGUGAUAUUAGAUGUAGAUGAAAGAAGAGGAGGUGCGACGACACAUACAAAUGGAAGCCGAUUAUUCGCCAAUUUCAUGCAUUCUACUGGAUUAUUAGAUUUAGGAUUCCAUGGUUCACCAUUUACAUGGAAUCGUGGGAACCUACAACAAAGACUAGAUCGUUGCCUCGGAAACACAAAGUGGAUUUCAUCAUUUCCAAACUCACAGGUACUGCAUCUAGAUCGAAUUGGUUCAGAUCAUCGACCCCUUCUCCUAAGGCUGACAACAGACAAACAAGAUCAUAAAAAUCGACCAUUCCGCUUCAUAGCAGCAUGA